AUGCAGACCAGAGAGACUGCAAGGGCAGUGGAUGGGCUGGGGACAGAUCCUGUGGUGGACAUGAGAGCAGGGAAGCCAGUGUCUUUUUAUGGUGAAAGCUAUGUGGAGCUCAGCAACAUAGAAGUUUCCUCUGAGCUAUCUCUUCAAUUAAAAUUUCAAGCCAGCAAACCUCAGGGAUUACUUUUUCUUGCAGCUUAGAAAAGUGACUAUUGCAUAAUAGAACUUCUAUCAGGAAACUUAUGGGUGAGAGUGAAUUUGGGCACAGGUGAACAAGUGCUUUUCCAUGAGCAAAGACUUCGUGUGGAUGACUUGGUGUGGCAUUUGGUGGAACUGUAUUUUAUUAAGGAUAAUUUUUCCUUGCUUACUGAUAAACAUUAUGAGACAAGUGGCCAAGUGGCUGGUGGGAUGCAUAGUUUUAACUUUCAACAUGGAAUCCACAUAGGAGGCCAUGGGGGACUUAAUGUCUCUUAUCUAGAUGGAAAGGUCCCCGACUUCCGAGGAUGUAUGGAGGAUGUGGUAUUUAACUAUACAGAGAUCCUAAUAUCUCUUCGAUCUUACCCUGGGUUUAAGAAAGUUUAUGACAUGUCACUAGGAUGCAGUGAACAGUUUUUUGUAGGGGAGGAUGAAGCCAUCAAUUUCUGUAGCUCUAGAUCCUAUGUCACCUUUCCAGAAUGGGAGGUGCAAGGGGGAGGGGUAUUGGAAUUUGCUUUGCAAACUGGAACUCAGCAAGUCUUGCUUUUAUUUCAGUCAGGUAAGGAAGAUUUUGUUGCCUUAGAAAUACAUGAGGGUUGGUUGAAGGCUCACAUAGGAAUGAAUACAAGUAAAACUGAGCUUUCUUCUUUAAUUAGUGACACCAAAUGGCAUGCUAUUCAACUCUAGGUCACGGGAGGACAUUUGGAUCUCAUGGUAGAUGAACGUGGAGUAAGGACAUUGCUGCUUUUGCAAAAUAAGCCAUUUAUAUCAAAAGGCCCCCUUUUUGUAGGAGGUCUUGACAAUCAACUGUGGAAAGAUGUGAAGAUGUUAGACCUUGCCUCUGUGCCUAGGAAAUCUUUUCGAGGAAUCUCUUUGAAAGGCUGCUUACAAGACUUGAAAGCAAACUCACAAAAGAGAGCAUUGAGGAAUGCCUUAGUUUCCAAAGAUAUUUCUUCUGGGUGCAAAAUCAAGAAUACUGAUAAUGCAACUCCUUCUGUUAUAACACUAGCAAAUCUGCCUCAGUCAGAGGCUUUCCAUUCCACCAUAGUCCCUGAUGCUGUCAACUUUUUCCUCAAGCAAAGUAGCUCUUUUUUGGUUUUGAAUAGCUUGGAGGUUCAAGAAGAUGGUCAAACCCUACUGGAACAAAAGCAUAUGAAGGUGAAUAUGGAAUUUAAGGAAUUGGUUUUCAAUUGUUCUCAAAUACUGUUUACAAUAAAGGAAAUGCCUAUUCAUGGGUUCCUUCAAUUAGAUGUUUCAUCUGAGGAAGAAAGGGCAAAGGCUUUUACUAUGUUAGAUUUACAGCAAGGAAAGGUGUGGUAUGUCCAUGAUGGUUCAGAAGAACCUAUGGAUUACUUCACAUUUUUGAUCACUUCUAAGAAUCAGAAGGAAAUGCCAUUCUAUCUGCAGGACCAUGAUCCCUAUGUCUUUAACAUUAAUGUCAUCCCAGUGAAUGACCCCCCUUAUCUUAAACUCCCAGAAGGAAACAUGCUUUUGUUUGAGAACUUGAAGAAAAGGCUGACCCCAAAUAUAAUACAGGUGUCAGAUUCUGACACAGAUUCUUUGAGUCUUGGUUUUUCAGUUUUUGGCAACUUCAAUUUAGAUGCUGGAUUUUUAGAAAAUGCCAACGAACCUGGAAGAACCAUAAAUGGCUUCACACACACGAAUUUAACAGAUGGCAACAUUUUUUAUGUGCACCGUGGGCUUCGCAACUCUCGAAUUGUCCUGAGAGCAAGUGAUGGUGAGCUGGUUAGCAACACAGCAAUGUUACGGGUUAUGGCUGUUCCUUGGAACUUUGAAGUGGCCAGUAGGACUGAUGUGGUUGUACCACGGGGUGGUACUGUUCUGAUUACACUGAGUAACUUAUCAGUGGAGGUUAAUGGUGAAUAUCAUGAGAUGGAGACUCACUAUGACAUCACUCACCCACCUCAGUUUGGCCAGAUUCAACAUUGGGGGUCACAUGGGAAAUGGAAACAAGUUAGUAACUUUUCUCAGCAUUCCAUCAAUAAGAGUUGGGUUCGGUACUAUAGUACAUUCAAAGAACUACAGCAGGAAAAUGUUACGGAUCAUUUUAAAUUUAAAGUUACCAUAGAAGGAAAGGUCAGCAAAGAGCUCAUGCUUCCUGUGACUGUACAAUGGCUGAAAUUUACACUUGUGAAAAAUGUUCUUCUAGAGAUCAAUACUAUGAACAAGGAAGUAUUGAAUUCAGAUCAUUUGCAGGCUACAACAGAAGGUGUGGAAGUAGCAGAGAGGGAAAUAUAUUUCAAGUUACUGACUCCACCUAAGAAAGGAAAAUUGCUAUUUGACAAUCAAGUUUUAAAAACCAACUCAAUAUUCAGCCAAAAAAAUAUUACAGACUCUCAGAUUAGUUAUGAACCUCAGCAGAGGCCAAGGGAAGACUCAUGGGAUACUUGUAAAUUUUUGAUUAUUGCAAAACACAUAGAAUAAAAAUGUUAUAUUUUCAGAAUACUCUUGAAAGCAGAUGAGACAUGCAUUAUUCUAACAAACAGAGAAUUGCUUGUAAAAGAAGGGGAAGGGAAAUUGAUCACACAAUCAGAAUUAUUUGUUCAAACCUGAGACAAUCAUAUCUUCCAAUAUAAAGUCAUUAAGAGUCCUCAGCAUGGGAGCCUGAAAUUGAUUAGCUUUUCAGAUACCCUGGAAAGUAAUGACAGUAUCACAGCAUUCACUGAUCAGAACAUAGCGAGCGAGACGCAGAGUGAUGAGUUCUUUGUUGUGGUAUUUCCACACCAGGAAGGAGUUGCCAAGGAUUUUGAUUUGGAGCAUUUAUCUACAGAAAUCAAAGUCAACAUUUCUGUUGAAUUACAAAAUGAUGAAUGGCUAGUGCAUGUAGUAGAUAAGGCAUUUCAUGUUGUGUGGAAUGGCCAGCACUUAUUGACCCUGGCAGACCUCUGUUACCAUGACCCUGACUUAGAUUUUGAUGACGGGCAGUUGCUGUACACCCGGCGGGACAUUCCAAAUGGAGAGUUGGUACGAGCUAGCAACCCCAGAAAACUUUACCAGUUCACCCAGGAAGAUCUGUGGGAAGGACGCGUCCUCUUCAAACAUCAGGGUGCAGACUCUGCCCGCUUUGUGCUAUUUGUGACAGAUGGUGUUCAUUACACUUCAUCCUUUCUUGAGGUCAUUGUGUCAGACCCCUAUGUUCAGAUAGCAAACAACACCAAGCUUCUUGUACAGAGAGGAAAAGACAGCUGCCUCACAGCAGCUAACCUGAGCAUUACCACAAACCAAGAUGUCAGAGCAGAUGUCGAGGUUGAGUUCCACAUUGCGUGGCCCCCAAAGCAUGGCAGAAUCCUAGUCAGCAAUUCUGUGUCCUCAUCCUUUUUCCAACAUGACUUGAAGAAAGGACAUGUGAUUUAUAGGCACGAUGGCAGUGGCAACUCUGACACAUUCAACUUGACAGUGAAACUUAAAGAUGCAUACUUAGAAGUGGGGGUCUGUGUUCAAGUGGAGUUGGAGGAUCACCACCAUCACAGUAAAGUUUGGCACAGAAAGACCCCCAUAGUUGAAGAAGGAAAACCAGUAAAACUGAGCAGAGGAAGGCUUCAGGUAAGCUGGAAUGAAUACAAUAUUCCUUCAGAGGCAGCGUUCAUGGUAAGAACUCCACCAAUGCAUGGAUACCUCCAAAAGUUUACACCAGAAGAAGGCAGCUUGAGCCUCGAUGAAAAGUUCCCUUUGAGUUUUACACAACAGGAUGUUGAUGAUGGCAAUAUCCUUUAUGUUCAGACAGCUCCUGCCCAAAAACAGGACCAUUUUUUCCUAGAUGUGAUAAAUGGUUUCAAAAUUGUGAGUGAAAUGGAAAUCCUGUUAGAUAUUGUCCCUAAAUUGAUUCCUCUGGAGAUGCAGAAUUUUACAGUUCAAGAAGGUGGUUCCAGAGCACUUCUGGAAGAUUACCUCAAAAUUCCAAGUAAAUAUUUUGAAGGACUUGACUGUGAAUUUGUUCUUCUAGAUCCACCAAAACAUGGUUAUGUUGAAAGCUCUCAUUUUCCAGGAGUGAAGCUAAUGAGAUUUACCAGAAAACAGGUGGAAAAUGAAUUGAUUUUCUACAUUCAUGAUGAUAGCGAGACACUGCAUGAUGAUUUUACCAUCUUUGCAAAUAGCUCAGUGCUUGGAAAACAAAGUCUUUCCCAAACUCUUUUUGUGAAUAUUGAAUCUGUAAAUGAUGAAGCUCCAGUAAUAACAGCCAAUAAAAUCCUUCAGGUGAGUGGGGUGAACUCUGUCACUGAGAUAACCACAGGUGACCUGUGUGUGGAAGAUAGAGACUCCUCCCCACAGGAUCUAGUCUACUGGGUCACUCCGCCUAGCAAUAGGCAUCUGGCUCUAAAGUCCUCUUCUGACCAAAGCAGCCAGAACUUCACCCAGGCUCAAAUCAAUGGGGGCUAGGUAGUGUUUGCACACCCUGGAGCAAUGUCAGGAGGCUUUUAUUUUCAGGUUACUGAUGGCUUGAACUUUGCACCCCAGCAAAUCUUUAGCAUCAUCGCUCAAGCACUGAUCCUUAGCCUAGAAGUAAACAGAGGACUGAGCAUCUUUCCAGGCUCAAUGAAGCCCCUUUCAUCUCAAGACCUGAAGGCUGUGACUAAUGAUGUACACAGUGCAGGAAACAGAACUGUAACUUUUAGAGUUCUAAGUUCCCCUACAUUUGGGAGGUUGCUGAGAAUAAGCUCUGACAACAGCACGGAAGAUGUUUCCAUUUUUACCCAAUAUCUGGUCAGUGAGGGGUUGAUACUGUACCAGCAUAUGGAUCAGGAAACUGCCUGGACUGUGGAAGACUCUUUUACAUUCACAGCAUCCUCUCCACCUGCAGCAGUUCUUGGCCCUGAGGAGUUCUCUAUUACCAUUUCAUAUGGAAUUAAUGAGCCUGGUCGGCACAGCCAUCUGCUUGCAAGUACAGGUAAUGCUACUAAGAAAUCGUGAGGAGACAGAGUUCUAAUUGACCAAUCUAUGUUAGAUGCUUCCAAUCUUUUAUUUAAAUUACCCAAAUCUCAGUGUUCUUCCUAUGAAGUUUGGUUCCAGGUUACAUCUCUUCCUCACCAUGGAACCAUUAUGGUUGGAGAAAGAAAUAUUACCAGAAAAACCUAUUUCUCCCAGUUCGUCAUUAAUAAAUUUGAAAUGACCUACUUUCCCUAUGAUUCUGAAUCACUGGCUGAUAGUUUUACCUUUGCUGUUUGGCUGAACAGAAAAAGCAAAUCUGCCACCAAGCCAGAGGCUGGCUUUCUUGAGUUGUUUAAUAUCACCAUCACUCCUGUGAAUGACCAGGCACCAGAAUUAAAGACAAAAGGACUUCGAUUGCAAGUGCUGCAGGGCAGUAGGUUGGUUGUGGGACCUGAAAUCCUGAAAGUGGAGGAUCCAGACAGUCCUCCAGAUGAGAUCAGAUAUGUGAUCAUUCAUAACCCCAAUGAUGGCUUUAUGGCAAUAGCUAACCAUUCAGCUGUACCUUGUCACCAAUUUACGCAAGUCGACAUUGAUAGCUGUCAGGUGUGGUUCACACAAGAUGGAAGCCCAUCCUCUGGAGUGUUUUACUUUAGUGUGACUGAUGGCAAACACCGUCCUCACUACAAGCUCUUUCACCUGGAUGUCAGCCCCAUCUCCAUCACUCUUGUGAACCUCACUGAACUACUUCUCCCACGCCAGACAAUUGUUUCUAUCACCAGUGCUCACCUGUCAGCAAUUAGCAAUGGAAAGAGCCCCCAGAUCAUUUACAGGAUAACAAGGCCCCUCCAACACGGGCACCUGCUGAUUGAAAACCAGCUGGUCACUAGCUUUAGCCAGGAGGACUUGGACUCAGGAAGACUAUCUUAUCAUAUGACAAAUCUCACAGUCUCGGAGGACCAGCUGCAGUUCUCAUUGUUUACAUCAGAAAGCAGCCUGACAGGGCAAACCAGAGUGCAACCUCAGUUGCAGGUUAUGUCAUAUCUGAAAGUCACCAACAGAGUGGCCCAUCAGCUGAGAGGAAAGGACCUUGAUGCAAGUGACCUUGCUAAUAUGACUAAGAGUGAUCCCAAAUUUGAAAUGACAGAACCCCCUGUCCAUGGAAGACUUAUAUGAAGAGUGACUGGCAGCACCAUGAUGGAAGAUGCCAUGCUGUUCACUCAGAAGGAUGUUGAUCAGGGACUGCUGGUGCUUGAUGCUUGUGCUAAUCUCACAGGCACUCAUGUGCUUAAUGACUCCUUCACAUUCUUGCUCAGGGCAGACCGUGUGCAGCCAGCACUAGGUUAUCUCCCCUUCACCAUAGUGCCACCUGACUCCUUAUUUUCACAAACUUUUACACCACGUGUUCCUUUGGUCACUGGAGAGGACCUUGUAACCUCAGUUUUCUCACAGAAAAAGCCUGUAGAUUCUUCAGGAUUCACAACACAAACAGAAACUCAGGGGAGGCUGAUCCGGACCAGAUGGCAAGGAGCAGAUUCCUGGGGACAACAUAGUGGUACAGAGCCAGAUGUAAAUGGCACGAUCUCUCCCAUGGGUGUCAUGUGGCCACCAGCUGCCACCAAAUUCAGCCCUGGGGCACCCACUCAGCCUAGAGACAGCAUUUACCCUCUCAUGGUCACCAUACCCUUGGUAGUGGUGUUCUUCCUGCUGAUAGUAAUUUCAGUGCCUUUGUGCAUCUGGCUGCUGGGUGGGAAAGAAGCAAAGUCAAAAGCACUUAUUAACCCCCUUACCAACCGAGAACCCACAACUCCAAGUUGUAAGCCAGAAAGGAGCAUAACUGUUACAAACGUCACAGUGACACCACUUAUCCAAAGCUCCAGCAGAUCCCCAGCUAGUCUUUUCAAGGCUCUACAGAGUGAAGAAAUGCUCCCCACAAUGGUUGGCCCAAUAGGAAAGUGUGCUCCUUGGGAGACCUGGGUGCACCUGGAUCCCGACAUGGUCAAGCUCUGCCGACAAACCAAUCCCACACUGAAACACAACCAGUACUGGGUGUAAGUGGAGGAUUGGUGUUUUUAUUCACUGCAUAUUUUGUGUAAGUACUAGAAGAGGCACUGGGAAAUAAUGGCAAAAAAAAUGUAGGUUGAAAUUUUUAAAAAGCCUGGCCAUGGUCACCACUCAGUGUGCACAUGGCCCAGGGUUAGAUGUU